UCCGUCGCUCAGACGCUUUUGUAUCAUAUGACGAGUUAGUCAGCGUACAACUAUCAACAAUAACAGAUCUCGGGAUGGAACGUUGGAAUGAUGUAGUUGGAAAUCUCACUACAGCUUUUCACAAUGUGACAACAAUAUCUCCAAAUGUGACAACAAUAUCUCCAAAUAUGACAACCAUAUCUCCAAAUGUGACAACCAUUUCUCCUGAUUGUGAUUCCACCCCAGAGUUUGUCGGAUAUAUUGCUGUUGCAGUUGCUGUCCUUUGUUAUGGAACUAACUUUGCUCCUGUGAAAAAGUUCGAAACUGGCGAUGGGAUGUUUUUCCAGUGGAUUGUAUGCAGUGCCAUUCUGUUGUCUGGCAUAGUCAUACAGAUAGUGAGACAAAGUACAUUCUACCCCAUAGUCAUGUUGGGAGGGGUGUUGUGGGAGACAGGUAACAUCAUGGUGGUCCCUAUCAUCAAAACCAUAGGCCUGGGCUUAGGACUCUGCAUUUGGGGAAUGGUCAAUCUCCUUAGUGGCUGGGCCACUGGAAGGUUUGGUUUCUUUGGUAUCACACAGGAGAUCCCUGAUGAUCCUACAAUGAACUAUGUAGGAGUGGCGGUAGCAGUCUCAAGUGCUGUAGUGUUUUCCUUUGUGAAGAGUACCAUAAAGCCCCCUACUGAUGGCGAAACCAGCGACCAAGACGAGGACUCUGACGCCUUAAUAUCUAGUACAUUUGGUAACCCUAACGAUUCCUUGUACUCUACGGGGAGUGGACAGGAGGACUUACUGUUUAACAGACCGGGGAAAUCUGUAAAUGGUUUAUGCCACGAAUCCCCAGACAAUACCUUCCUUGACAGACUAUCUCCAGGAAAGAAGAGAGUAGUGGGUAUAUUGCUGUCAGUUAUAUCAGGAAUGCUAUAUGGACAGAUCUUCACUCCGUCCCUGUAUAUACAAAGCAACAACAAAUCUUACCCUUCAGCUAGCAAGCAAGGUCUGGAUUAUGUUUUUGCGUGUUUCUGUGGGAUCUACCUCUCUAGUACCGUGUAUUUCUGUAUAUAUGCCCUGAUCAAGAAGAACCGACCACGUGUAUAUCCACGGGUCAUUGUACCAGGAGUCGUCUCCGGCAUCAUGUGGGCUGCAGCCACUUCAUCAUGGUUCGUCGCUAACAAGAUCCUGUCUGAACCAGUGGCGUUCCCCAUUAUAACCACACUUCCUUCUGUUGUGGCUUCCAUUCUCGGCAUAUUUGUCUUCAAGGAAAUAAGAGGAAAACGAAAUAUCCUGAUAUUAAUGCUUGGGUUCUGUAUGGCUGGAUCUGGUGCAGUGUUAGCUGGACUCUCAAAACACGGCGAGUCGUGCCACCACUAACACGAGGAUGACAAAACAUGGCGAGUCAUUCCACCACUAACACAAGGAUGACAAAACACGGCGAGUCGUGCCACCCCUAACACAAGGAUGACAAAACACUGCGAGUCGUGCCCCCCCUAACACAAGGAUGACAAAACACGGGAAGUCGUGCCACCACUAACACAAGGAUGACAAAACCCGGCGAGCCGUGCCACCACUAACACAAGGAUAACAAAACACGGCGAGUCGUGCCAACCCUAACAAAAGGAUGACAAAACACGGCGAGUCAUUCCACCACUAACACGAGGAUGACAACACAUGGCGAGUCAUUCCACCACUAACCCAAGGAUGACAAAACACGGCGAGUCGUGCCACCACUAACACAAGGAUGACAAAACACGGCGAGUCAUUCCACCACUAACACGAGGAUGACAAAACAUUCGAAGACGUGCUACCACUAACACAAAAUAUCACAACAAGCAGAUAGAGCCCUAACAGAACAUGCAGCAUGACCACACACGUUACAAUAACAAAGCUCGACAACCAUAGCUACCAUGAACGUGAGACAUUCACAACACAUAGCAACAAAUGACACCACGAACGUGAGACAUUCACAACACAAAGCAACCAAUGCCACCAGGAAUGUGAGACAUUCACAAAACAUAGCAACCAAUUAAGCGCAAUGACACCAUGAACGUAAGACAUUAACAAAUCACAUAGCAACCAGGGCUACCAAAAACGUGAGACAUUCACAAAACAUAGCAACCAAUUAAGCGCAAUGACACCAUGAACGUGAGACAUUCACAAAUCACAUAGCAACAAGGGCUACCAAAAACGUGAGACAUUCACAAAACAUAGCAGCCAAUGUCACCAUGAACGUGAGACAUUCACUAAACAUAGCAACCAAGGCCACCACGAACGUGAGACAUACACCAAACAUAGCAACCAAGGCCACCACGAACUUGAGACAUACACCAAACAUAGCAACCAAGGCCACCACGAACGUGAGACAGACACAAAACAUAGCAACCAAGGCCACCACGAACUUGAGACAUACACCAAACAUAGCAACCAAGGCCACCACGAACGUGAGACAUACACAAAACAUAGCAACCAAGGCCACUACAAAAUUCAGACAUACACCAAACAGCAACCAGUGCCAUUGCUAAUGCAUCACAAAGAAAGGACAGCAAUACCACUAUUUACACGGAAGAGAUUGCCGCCACAAAUGCAAGAAAUAUGUACAGAAAGCGAUAUAAUUACAACAAUGUUCAUUUAUUACCGGUGAUAUUGAUGAAGUGAGAAAUUACUAUAUAUAUUUUAAAUCCUAUAUAGAUAUAUCUCCCAGUCUGGCAUGGGAACAAACACAUUUCGACAGGGAAUAUAUAUACAUGUUUAUGUUCAUUGAAGCGAAAGUACAGAUUUGUUUUUAAAAUGGUAAUAUAACUGCCACAGUGUCAAUUAUACCCAGGAAGGAAGAUCUCGUUCAAAUAUUCAUUUAUUUUUUAUACCAAUUCAUGGAGAGGGGAAGUGUGAGCUAACAUGUUAUAUGUAUAUAUAUGUGUAAGGACGUUCAAUUCAGAUAUACCUACAUUAAAGUCGAAUGUAUUUUAAAUGAAUUCACAAGUAUUCAAAUGUUGUACAAACUAAUUUUUCAUUUUAGAAGUUAAGGGAAAAUCUGCAGUACAGGAUAUUUUCCUUAGCUUCAAUAAUGCUUCCCUAUUGGAAAGCUCAAGGAAUAUCAGUAAGUUAAGGAAUAUUUGUAAGCUAUGGCAAAGUAAAUCCAAAAUGAUUUUAAGUUUGCUCCCUAAGGUUAAAAUGCUUCUGUUAGCCAUACCACCACAGAUAGAUGUCUGGUUUUCUAUCCGUCAAAAUGUCUAUGUCUGGUGUCCGGGCCAGAGGAAACUUGGGCUUACAAGACCUCUGUUUGUCAAAAUAUGAAAGUCUUGUGUCGGGGCCAGAGGAAUUUCGGGCACAUGUAAUAUGGUGAAGUUCAAAGCGGUUUAUAUAACUGAUGUUCAAAUACAGGGAGCAGUGCUGAUGACAAUCAAUAAACUAAUGUAUUGAUUUACGUUUCAGUGAUUGCUAUAUAUAGCCACGGACUAAGAUAAUACAUCUAAUCUAAUUCCGUGAUAUAGCAAAGUACAGCUGAUAUACAAAAAAACUGUAUGCCGUCAAAUUCAAUCUAACUUCGUUAUUAUAUUUGCUAUAAAACCUUAGAUUUCUUUUGUUUCCUUUGCAUAAUAGGAGACGUUUUAAAAGACUCGGCCUGCUUUGACAAAGUCGUCAGAGGCGACUAACAUAUGACUGGAUGCAAAAUUGACUCUUAAAUUCAAUGUCUCCUUCGGGACACGAUAGACACCAACAUUGAUAUUUUAGACUUCUGUCGUUUCGUUUGUGUCCUCUCGCACACCUCGUUACAGCAUACUUUCCUAGAUAGCUCUGGUUAGCGCCAUAGUCAUAUUUAUGUGACGGAUUUGGGCGCCAUGCUCUAAUGUUAAGUUAUAUUAUGGCAUUUCAGUAAGAUAGCAUUUCAAGGCUGCCAUUCAGUUGGCUAGCUCCGGCCAUUGCCUUAGUUUAUAUGAAAUAUUUUUGUUUGAAACACGAAAGCCAAAACAAAGAAAAAAACUUACCUAUGUUUCACUUUACAUCAUAGCAGCUCAUGAUGAUGCAUACAAGAUGAAUUCUGAAAAAGACAGCAUAUGAAUCUCCGUACAAAUGUUGAUCUCCACUUUUUUACCAUCUGCCACCUAAUCAUGGUUUAUGAUGGACGAUUGUUAUGUGCUUUACAUACAUGUUUAUGUGAUGUGGUUGAUCUUUCCCUGAAAACAGCCCCAAAAUCCCGAGAGUUGCUCUCCCUAACGUUUUAAGUGAGGUUGUUUCAUAUUACUGUGUGUUGAGAGCGUAUCCUUUGGAUGAUUAAAUCUGGCUGUUAUUGUGUCAAUAAAUCGUGUUAUGUUGAUAUAAGACACAAUCUUUCAAAUCAUGAUAACCCUGUAACAAAAUGUUGUGUUCUGUUGUAUUAAAUGUAAAUAUUCGCCCAGAACAUGUUUUGGGGAUUGUGAUUAUAAUUGAUGGCGCGAUGAGUACUAUGUGCGUCCCAAUUUUGCAUAUGCACACAUAAUACUGCAUAACCAAAAAAUUCCCAUUUUUUUUUAGUUUUUUUUUGCAUAUGCAGAGUGAAUGUUACGAAAUUGAAUACUCACAAAUAUACUAGUAUUUGCAUAUGCAUACUUUUAAAUUCAGUUUUUGCAUACACCAAAAUAAUUUGUCUGGUAUGCAACUUAUUUUGUAUUUAUACAGUCUAUUAAGUAUGGAAACAAAUAGUAUCCAAUAUUCGAUUUUUUGGUAUCAAAUAUUUUUUUACUUCUGCCGAAAAAUGUUUGUGGUGCAUUUAUCGUUCCACAUUGUAAUGCAUGAAAAUUCACCUCAUUAGAAACUGGUCAGUGCAAUCUCUUCAAUCAAUCUCAUCACUCAAUCUCAUCACUCAAAUUUUUUUUUAUUUGUAAAUUUUCCAUCUAUAGUUUUCACGGGCAUUUUUUAAAAUUGCUUUAUAUCUAACAAGGUUUUUUUCAUGUACUGUUUGUUAGUUUGUGUUAGUUAUAUUUUACAACAUGUAUCUUAUAAGUAGUUUGGUGAAAUUGAAAUAAAAUAAUACCUUACUUUCA